AACUUGUACUACACACAAUCACAUUACCGCCAAAUAAACACACAGCAUAAGUAGACACAUGACAGGCCUGCCAGUUAAUCGUCCCAGCUAGAGUUGCCGGUACAUAGUUGUUAUCAUGUUUGUUGCGCGUAGUAUCGCAGCAGAUCAUAAAGAUCUAAUUCAUGACGUAUCGUAUGAUUUUCACGGCCGGAGGAUGGCGACUUGCUCCAGUGACCAAAGUGUCAAGGUCUGGGACAAAAGUGAGAACGGAGAGUGGCACUGCACAGCCAGCUGGAAGACACACAGUGGAUCAGUGUGGCGAGUGACCUGGGCGCAUCCAGAAUUUGGACAGGUUCUAGCUUCUUGCUCCUUUGACAGAACAGCUGCUGUUUGGGAGGAGAUUGUAGGAGAGUCCAAUGACAAGCAGAGGGGACUUAGCCACUGGAUUAAGAGAACCACGCUAGUGGACAGUAGAACUUCAGUGACCGAUGUGAAGUUUGCUCCUAAACACAUGGGUCUGAUGCUGACCACCUGCUCUGCGGAUGGGGUGGUGAGGAUCUACGAGGCUCCUGAUGUGAUGAACCUGAGUCAGUGGUCCCUGCAGCAUGAGAUCUCCUGCAAGCUCAGCUGCAGCUGCAUCUCUUGGAACCCCUCCAGCUCACGUGCCCAUCCUCCCAUGUUUGCUGUGGGGAGUGACGACAGCAAUGUAACAUACGGUGGGAAGGUUCAGAUCUACGAGUACAACGAAAACACACGGAAAUAUGGCAAAGCAGAGACACUUAUGACGGUCACUGAUGCGGUUCAUGACAUCGCGUUUGCUCCAAACCUGGGAAGAUCUUUCCAUGUGCUCGCCAUUGCAACAAAAGAUGUUCGAAUAUUUAAGCUAGUUCCGAUGAGGAAGGAGAGCACGUCCACAGGACCCACCAAAUUUGAGGUGCAGAUUGUGGCUCAGUUUGACAACCAUAACUCUCAGGUGUGGCGUGUGAGCUGGAAUAUCACCAGCACCCUGCUGGCCUCCUCUGGGGAUGAUGGCUGUGUGCGCCUCUGGAAAGCUAACUACAUGGACAACUGGAAGUGCACCGGCAUCCUGAAAGGAGAUGGAAGUCCACUUACAGGUUCAUCCGGUCAGCCCUCAGCCAUGAGUACUGUGUUGGGCUCCUCUGUUCAGUCCUCCCAGAAUGCCUUGAACGGGAUGUCUGCAGGAAGGAUUGGCAAGAGAGCUCCCUUUGCUCCUCCCCUGCGGCAGCUGACCUCUCCAAAGAUAUACCAGCCACCCGCAUAUUACUAACGUGUCUUGUGCAUCAGAUCCCACUUGCCCGUAUUUAAAAUGUAAGACUCUGUAACACGUUUCACAAAUGGAUACUUGGGUAUUACUGAUUGAAACUUUCAUUUUUGGCAAGAAACCUGGCGUGAACCUUGCAAAAAAUUGUGAUUCCUUUCUUUUUGUGCUUAAACCUUUUUUUAAUUUUUAUUUUUUUUAAUGUCACUGUCUGCUUCCCUCUUACCUUUUUAGUGUCUGGACCAAACAUGCAUCCUUCUCCUUUUAAUUUCUCCUUUUUUGCUUCCUUUUAUUUGUUCACCCUCUGUAUAUUCCCUUUGUUGUCUCUUCUCCCCGUCCACGUAUUUGUCGUCUUUGUCUCCUCCUCCUUUUUCUUACUUCAGGUAUUUCUUUCCUCCUCUGGACCCCCCUAGAGCAGGUAUUGUGUAUGGUCACCUGCUGCCUCCUUCCUCCCUAAUAGAGCACUGUGAUACUGAGCCCAUUCAGCCUCAGCA